AUGCUCUCUCGAGUCGCCCUCCGAAAGGGAUGGGCCAUUGCGUCCACAGCUUCUCGACAGGCUGCCGCAACUGCGCCUAUUAGAUCCCGUGCUGCCGCCAUUCCUACAACGUCAUGGAUGCGCGCAUACGCAAAGAGCGCAAAGCCGACUCCCCCAAAGCAGCCCAACGACAAAGCUGCUCCUAAAGCCUCACAGGAUGGAGACAGCUCCGCGACCUCUGAGACGGGGGCCACAAAGGCUGCCGAAAGCGAGAUCAAGCCAGAAGCCGACCCCACCGAGCAAAUACCUUUCCAUAAGCUUCCUGAUCUGACACAGGGUAUCCCUUCGACACUCGAGCAAGAAAUGGCUGGUGCGCGUGAUGGUAACAAAGAGCAGCCUUCAUACCUCCAGGCCAUCGAGGAAGCCCAGUCUGGCGAGCGCGAACGCCGUGACCGCCGCGAUGAAUACGUCUCUACGAAUGAACGCAACCGCCGGUGGUGGACGCGCUUCUUGCUCCUGUCAACCGCAAGUGGUGCCACUCUCGGUAUGGUCUACUUGGGCCGCAACUGGGACGAUCAGAUCGAGGCUGCGCGCCAUCCGGAUAUUGCCAACGGCUGGGGUCUUGGAUUGUGGUGGUCCCGCGUUAAUGCUCGCUGGAACGAUUCUAUUUCCUACUACCAGGAUCCUUCCUUCGACAAGCUGCUUCCCGACCCCGACCCCAGCUUUGAGAGACCCUAUACCCUCUGCUUGAGCUUGGACGACUUGCUUGUACACAGCGAAUGGACCCGCGACCAUGGAUGGCGUGUCGCCAAGCGCCCCGGCAUGGACUACUUUGUUCGUUACCUCAGCCAGUACUACGAGCUUGUCCUCUUCACCACGGUUCCUUUUGCAAUGGGCGAGCCUCUUGUCCGCAAACUGGAUCCUUUCCGCUUCAUCAUGUGGCCACUCUAUCGUGAAGCUACCAAGUAUGAGGAUGGCGAGAUUGUCAAGGAUCUCUCCUACCUGAACCGCGAUCUCUCCAAGGUCAUCAUCAUCGACACCAAUGCAACCCAUGUCCGCAAGCAACCCGAAAACGCGAUCGUUCUUGAGCCGUGGAAGGGCAACUCCAAGGACCAAGACCUUGUUGGCUUGAUCCCUUUCCUCGAAUAUAUCCACACUAUGCAGGUUGACGACGUGCGCAAGACUCUCAAAUCGUUUGAGGGCAAGCAUAUUCCUACCGAAUUUGCUCGCCGCGAGGCCAUCGCUCGUGCUGAGUUCAACAAGCGCAAGCCCAAGUCUGCCUCGAGUGGCUCAUCUGGCUUCGGCGCCCUCGGUGGUCUUUUUGGCUUGAAGCCAUCCAACAUGAGCAUGACCAUGUCUCCUGAGGGUGAGCAGAACCCUGCCGAGGCCUUUGCUCAGGGUAAGAUGUUGCAAGACAUUGCCCGUGAGCGUGGUCAACGCAAUUACGAGCUCCUUGAAAAGGAGAUUCGCGAAAACGGCGAAAAGUGGCUCAAGGAGGAGCAGGUCGCCAUGGAGAAGGCCCAGCAGGAAGCCAUGAGCAGCAUGAUGGGCACUUUCGGUGGUAUGUUCGGCAACUCUGGCGGAGAGAAGAAGUAA